AUGAGUGACGUCUUUAAUAAUGACUGUUUACUUACGGCAGAUGAUAGUGAUGUCGAUCAGGAUUUGCUGUUUCAUCUAGCAUUCAAGAGCGUCCUUAAGAAAAACUAUCUGUGUCCUUUUGACGACACCAUUAAGAGAUGCUUGGAUGUUGGAUGUUCUGGAGGUUCUUGGGCCAUGGAAAUGGGGACCGAGUUUCCUCAAUGUCAAUUUAUUGGAAUCGAUAUUGAAUCAAGAACACCAGACAAUGUUUACCCGCGUAACGUCCUAUUUGAGGAAAGCAAUUUCCUUAGUAAAGGGUUGCCUUACCCCGAUAAUAGUUUUGACGUUGUGCAUAUCCGCAUGACGUUAUUCCUGCUUAAUGCAGAACAAAUUUUUUUCCUCUUGGGCGAAGCGUCCAGGGUAACGAGACAGGGUGGGUUUGUAGAGAUCCUGGAACCAGACUUGUCUGCGGACUACUCGGCCCCUUUACUGGGUAAGUUGGUGGCGGAUAUCAAAGGGGCUAAUAAUAUGGGAGUACAUCACUACGAUAAGAUAUUAAUGGAACAUGGAUUUAAACCCACCAUCCAUGAGAAUUUCAUACCGUUGGGUAAAUGGGGUGGAAUGACCGGAGAAUUUGCUUUAUCAAUUUUAAGAAUGGUAUUGCAUAAUACUGCCCAUUCUGAUCUACGCAAUGAGGAAAAUAUCAAACGAAUUGGAAUUGAAUGUGAGCUGUAUAAACCUCAGGUUAAGAUCUUCUCCGGGUUUGGUCAAAAGCUGUAA